AUUUGCGAGGUCCGUCCGGCGCUGGCCGUCGGACAUCCCCCUCCCCGUCCCCUGCGCUCUCCCCCCACCCGCCUGGGGGUGACCUGGAGCAGUCGGCAGACGCGGGACGGCCGGACCGACCUCACCCUGUCCGUCUCGGCGCCCGUGACCUGUCGACCGAGGCAGAACUGUCGGCUGCUGCUGAGACUGCAGCCGCUACAGCAAGGGACAGCCGGAACCCAGUUAUUACUCCUUGACAAGUGUGUGGUAUCUUUCAACUGUCCGGGAGGCAUUUGCUGGCCUGAGAUCGUCACGGCAACAAUCAGCAGAGCGCCUCACGACGGUCCACCGCGACCGAUCACUGCUGAGCUGCGGGUGAUACUGGAGAACCGGGCAGAUCUGGGGCCGGAGUGGGCCGAGUACCAACCGCCGGUUAUCGCACUUACGGUGAGGCCGUCGGCCCCGCUCAUCUGUCAGCUAAUCGACGGGAGACACGUCGUCGGCUUCGACGCACGACUGCGGACCCUGAGACGCGCCGGGCAACACGUUCUUUUGGCCGGCCGAGCCGACGGCGGGAGAACGCAGGUGACGGUCAGCACUGUUGCCACACGAUGCGGCGGCCGGGUCGGACACUCCUUCUGCGCCUGCGCAGUGACCGUGGACGCCGGCUCGGAGUGGAUAGAGGUGGACGUGUGCCCCGACCCGGUGGACAGGAGAGAGCCCACGCUGCGCCGCUCCGCGCCGGCCGGCCGCGGGCUGCAGCUGCACGUGCUGGAAACGAGGCCCGACUCAGCCUGGCUGAUAACAUCAGGCUCGGGCCUGGUGGUGCGACUCCAUGCCUUCCCCGUGGACCAGGACCGGAGCGAGGACGAGUCCCCAGCCGGUCGGCGCCGGGCACUGUCUGUCACGGUCUCUGUAAGGUCACAUGGUCAGUCAGAGACAGGAUUGUGCCCCGGAGCACCAGCGGAACAUUUCACCGCGGGCCGUCGGGGACGCAGGAGGAACAAACGCAGUCUUCCUGCCCAGGACCAUCUGGAGGAACUGCCCUUCGAGGAGCUCACAGAUCACCUCUUCAGUGGCGCGCUGGAGCCAGAAACGAUAUCUGAAACGCCAGCGGAACCUACUCCAGAUUCGCCGCCGAAAUCUGUGCCAGAAACGGCAGCCGGCGCCCCGGAGCAGACAUCGCAAACGGAGAAACAACACACGACAGACGGAAAAUUAAAAACAAUGGCUGGAUCAGCCGCUGGCUCAACACUCGAAACUCGGCCGGACAUAUAUCCAAUUCCAGGGAUUCUGCCAGAUGACACACCAUACUUCACUCCAGACACACAGACUGGUACACAACUGGAGAGAGCCAAGGCUGAGGUCCAGUCGAGCGGGCUACAAGGCGGGGGUUAUGAAUCUAACGCAGUGUUUGGGGACAAACCCGAGCCGCUUCUUCCGACCGAGAAAAGACGGCAUAACUUUGAGCACUUCAUCGCCAACGCACGACGGCAGUCUGCGUGUGCUGCCCAAAUCGACAAAGCAGUCAUGGUGGCACUUCGAGACGUCUGUCGCUUAGAUGCCGGCCGUUCCGUCGAGCGGUGGGCCGAGCUGCUCCCGCCGCUUCUGGAGGACCGCUGCCAGGUGGCAGCACUGUCUCAGUCGCCCGCAGAGCAGGGAGGGCUGCAGUGCGCCGAGAGCUGUGUCGCCGGUGGUGGAUGUAUUCAGCAGGGUGAAGAGGUCGUCAACGACCACCGCCCUAACGAGUGGGUGCCCCGAGUGACCUCGGUGGGUCAGCAGGGCCUCUGUGACCUGGCCUCGGCAUCCUGUGUCGCCAUCUCCAUCCGAGGCCGCCACCUUUGGCCGUCUGUCGGUCUCCGCUGCCGAGUUAGGCAGGGCGAGCAGGCGUGGAACAUCGCACCUGCUACCUACCGGUCUGCAGAGGAAGUACAGUGUCACCUGCCCGUCGCCAGUGUGAGGAGGCUGCGCCACACGGCAGAUGUAGUACCGUGGACGAUUCAGGUUUCUUACAACGGAGUCAUCUGGAGUGAUGCUGUGGUUCUGAAAACGUACAACAGCGACUGUCAGAUCUGUCGAGAGAGGAACGGUAGCGUCUCCUGUGCUCCCGUCAUCGACUCCUGCAUCAUAAAUGGUCAAUGUUACCGGUCGGGAGACACCAAUCCGAAGAACCCGUGUCGAUACUGCGGCUCUAACCGGCAUCAGUGGGUGACUCGAGUCGAUGACGGUUGCCGCGGGGGCCGACCUGUCACCUGUCAGACCGUCGGGCCGGCCUGUCAGCACGGUCUCUGCGUGGAGGACAGCCGGGGAGCCAUCUGCGUGUGUCAUCCCGGCUACAUCGGCUCACACUGUCAGAUACGAGAAACGCCACCGGACUUCAUCACAUUGGCGGAAGAGAUGGGCGACGAGGCGCUCUAUGCCCCGCGAGAAGCGCUGGACUUCCGUUACCGAUGAGAAGCUGUUAUCUCCGCGUACUAUUACCAUAGGCUGACACUCAUGUAUCGUCUUCAAGUCAAUGUAUGUACCUCAGACAUGACGUGCAAUGGGAUUAUUGUACAGUAAUGGAUGCAUGAACAUAUCUUCCAAUAGAGUCUGUCGCCGAAUACCACGACAUUCGAGCUUGAUUCUUGUUUUUGUACAAGUGAAUAGGGUCCUGACAAGGCUCAAGGAUUUGUUUCAUAUCGCGACCCAGUCAGCUAAAUACCGGGAACUAUCAACCAGCGUGUCAUCGGCGUUGCAAAGGCACCUGUGACCCGACAGUGUUUGUCCAGCGACAUGUGGCCGUCCCUUACUGGGAACGCCGUAUUAGUUCUUCCUACCAAUCAGUGUUAAUUGUUGACCAUGCCGUUGUGAAAUAAAGGCAGACGUUCGAUGUUGAAAGGGAAACAAAGAGACGCUAAUUUUUAUGCGA